CGUGUGGUCGACCUGUUUCACGGCGUGGCGGUUGCUUUCAAACUAGUUUUUUAUCAAAGCAACAACCUCCUUACUACGACAUAUUUAUUCUUAGUAGAUGCCCAUAAAAAACUUUUGGUUGAAAUUCAAAGUACUAGUUUCUUUGUGAGUUUUGCUCUAAACAAAGUUGGAAUUCUCUAAGAACUUUGUUUAGUCAUUUUGUAAGAUGGCAAGUCCUAUGGAGAAGGGAACUCAUAAUGAUGAAAUUGUGUCGGUGGAACUUCCUGCACCUCCUUCUUGGAAAAAAUUGUUCACGCCAAAGCAAGGGGGUACACCGAAGAAGAAUGAGGUUGUAUUUAUUGCUCCAACAGGUGAGGAGGUCAAGAACCGCAGACAGUUGGAGCAGUAUCUCAAAUCACACCCUGGAAACCCUGCAAUUUCAGAAUUUGAUUGGAGUACUGGUGAGACUCCAAGGAGAUCAGCAAGGAUCAGUGAGAAGGCCAAGGCAAUGAGACCAGCUUCACUACUUGAAUCACCAAAGAAAAGACGCCGGACAUCGUCUACAAAGAAAGAUAAUAAGGAAACGGAUGCUGGAAAAGCUGAAAAGAGAAGUUCAGAAAUGAAAGAGAUGGAAUCUACCAAAGAAGAAAAUGAAAAUUCGGAGAAGAAAGACGGAGAAGCAGAAGCUGAAAUGGAGGACAAGGAGAAGAAAGAUGUGGAAGCUAUGAAAGAAGAUGAGCCCAUAGAGGGCGCUGAAGUGGCCCCUGCGGAGAAACCAGAGUCUGAAUCUGAGGAAUUUCACAGUGCUGAUGAGGGCAAGCAGGACAAGUCCGAAAAUGAAGAAACUGAAACAGAGGACAAGGGGAAGAAAGAGGUGGAAGCUGCACAAGAAGACGAGCACACUGGGGAGAAGCUAGAGUCCGAAUCUGAGAAAGUUCACAACGCUGAUGAUGGCAAACAGAACAAGUCAGAAAAUGCAGAAAUUGAGGAAAAACAAGUAUCUGGAGAAAAGCUGCAGCCUCAAAAUGAUAAAGAUAGUCCUGCAGCUGAUGUAAAUGAGCACAAGCCAGAAGAAAUUGCCGUGGAAGGGACCAAUGCCACAGCAGGAGGAAGUUCAAACCACGCGGAACUUGCUGUUGGUGGGGAAUCUAAGGAUGCCCAUGGGAAUGAUGGAGAAAAUAGGCCGAAAGAGGAGGAGAAAGAAAUGAAAGGAGCUGAUUUGGUUAUGGGAAAUGACAAGAUUAGCCAACCAAAGCUGGCUCAUUCCCAGCAGCAUCAGUCACCUGCACCUAUUAGCUGCUGAUGUAUCAGCCGAAUCACCCUUAGGACAUAUCCUGUUUACAUGUUUUACUGACUUUUGGAUUCAAUUUGAUUAUUGUAAUAGUAAUCUGUUGUAGUUUAGUGUCUAGUUUCCAGGAAUACUAGCGUCUUUUGUUUGUAUGUAUUUGUUUCUGUCGUGAUACACUAAUCUGUAUUAAAACUUUGAUGUAGAAUGUUUUAGCAGAAAAUCUGUGACUUACAGAUUUCAAUU